AUGGAAUCGCCCUUGCAAUCUACAUACGGAGAAAGAGCCGAAAGGUAUUUAGAUAGUGCUGAUGCUUUUCAUAAACAAAGACACAGAUUGAAUCGAAGGCUGCACAAGUUACGUAAGAGCUUGGAUAUUCAUGUUACUGAUACUAAGAACUAUAGAGAGAAAGAGCAGAUUUCCAAAAUUGAUCUAGAGUCGUACAACAGGGAUAAGCGAUAUGGUGACAUUAUACUGUUCACUGCAGAGAGGGAUCACAUGUAUAGUGAUGAGGUCAAGGAGAUCAUGAAGGUCCAUCAUAGUAAAUCGAGAGAAAAGUUUAUUGUUUCUAGAUUGAAGAGAUCACUGGACCACGGUAGAAAAUUACUGAUCCUAGUUGGAGACGAGCCUGAUGAGAUGAGAAAAUUGGAAGUAUUUGUUUAUGUUGCAUUGAUUCAGGGUAAACUUUCCAUUGCAAACAAGAAUUGGACCAAUGCUCAGUAUGCUCUCAGUGUGGCGAGAUGUGGGCUCCAGUUUUUGGACAAAUAUGGUACUGAAACACAAACUGACCUCUAUAAUGGCAUAAUUGACACUCACAUAGAUCAAAUGUUGAAAUUUGUGAUCUACCAAGCUACUAAAAAUAACAGUCCUAUUUUGGAUACAGAGUGCAGACAUCAAAUUAGGACGGACACCCUAGGGUAUUUGGAUCAGGCAAGGCAAAUAAUAGAAUCAAAAGAUCCCGAGUUUCUGAAUGUUGGAGUUGUUGAAACUCAGUUGAUUUGGUGGGACUACGAUAUCUCUAUUCAUUCAGAGGAGGUAGCAAAGCUGAUUUCAGAUGCGAACGAAAAGCUGCAACUUAUCGAGGAUGGAAACGUCUCCUCAUAUGAUCCGGCUCUACUAACUCUUCAAGAAGCGCUGGAUGCUCAUCAGUUGUUGAUGGCCAGAAAUGUUGACAACUUCGCAGACGACGAUCAAAACAAUCAUGUUUUACUGUCGUACAUCAGAUAUUUGUUACUUAUCACCACUUUGAGAAGGGACAUUACUUUGAUAGACCAAGUUAGAAACAGAUCUGUGGUUAAUUCUUCCCUAGCUGUGGCUCUGGAACGUGCUAAAGACGUUGGUAGAAUUUUCGACAAUAUCGUCAAGAAAGUCAAUGAGUUGAAAGACGUUCCAGGUGUUUACAACAAGCAAGAGGAGUGGAAUUCGUUGCAGGCAUUGGAUGCUUAUUUCCAAGCAUCCAAGAUCCAACAUUUGGCAUCUACCCACCUUUUAUUCAACAGAUCCAAGGAAUCAUUGGCGUUAUUAAUAAAGGCAAAGUCCUUGGUAAAGGGGCACACUAUCGCCGGAGAAUAUCCCACUAAUUUCCCUACGAAUAAAGAUUUGAGUUCGAUCUUAGAACAAAUUAAUCAAGACAUCCUUAAGGCUUAUGUUUUGGCCAAGUAUAAGCAAGAGUCUUCUUUAGGUGGUGUAUCGGAGUAUGAUUUCAUUGCUGACAAUCGCAACAAGGUUCCGUCGAAUCCCAGUCUGCACAAGAUUGCCUCUGUAUCCUACAAGAAUGUCAAACCUGUCAAUGUUAAGCCUGUAUUGUUUGACAUAGCUUUCAACUACGUGAGUCAACCAAACCAGAUAUUUGAGGAACCUAUCGAGAGUUCAAACAAGCAAGAGAGACAAGCGGAUUCUGAAUCUCCGUCACCAGAGAAGAAAAAAAAGGGAUUGUUUGGAUUGUUCCGCUAG